CUCGAAUAUUGUCGACCCAAAUUGAAAAAUAAAAAUAAUAUUCACAGGGCUGAUGUUAGAGAUUGCCAGGAAGCAAAGGCAGGGACGCUAGAGAGAGAAGUAUGGGGGUGACAAAGGAACAAGUUGAAUCUACUUUGAAAUCAAAAUUGAAUCCUUCACAUCUUGAAAUAAUUGAUACAUCUGGAGGAUGUGGUGCAAGCUUUGCAAUUGAGAUUGUUUCAGAACAGUUUGAAGGGAAGAGGUUGCUCGAGCGACAUCGACUGGUUAAUGCUGCUUUGGAAGAGGAGAUGAAACAGAUUCAUGCCCUCUCAAUAAAGAAAGCUGUGACCCCAGGACAGUGGAAACAACAACUAGAGUCUGAAAAAUCAACAUCUGCUGCUUAAAAAUUUGUUUUCUGAUAGCUUAUAAGCAUGAACAGAGAAAAAGAUAAAUGUUGAACUAGGUUAAUUCACCUAGUUUUGUUACUGGGCAAAUGUUAAGAUUAUUGCUUAAAUUCUGAUUUUAGCCUGAAUGGGGUUCAUAGGAUUCUUGAACUGAUAUUAUUCAACAUUUACAGUGUCUUUGGAUGAAA